GCCGCCAACUGUCCUCCGCCCUCGGGGCAGCUGAAGGGCGACCCGCCGCGGUCACGUCAAGGGCCGAGCGCAGAGCGCCAAGUCCAGGCCUCCCUCCGGCUCCAGGAGGGCAGAGUCCGCAGCUGCAGCCCCGACACUCGCCACCCCCGCCCCGCAAUGCCCGGGCCCGGCCGAGCCGCUGGGGUGCGCCGCCUGCGCCCGCAGCCUCCCGAGGAGCGGCCAGUUCAGGAGGACCUUCUCCUGGCAGCUGCCUACGUGUCGGAUGCCCAGUACAACAGAAACGUGCCAUUUGAAACAUCCCCUCAGGCCAUCAGACUUUACUCUUUUUAUAACCAUUGGACAACGCAAGUAGCCACAUACUUCUUUAUUUGUGUAGACCUUUCUCUUGCUCUGUUUGAAGAACCUGCAUUGUUUCCACUGCCUUUCUUGGCCACCGCGAUAGUUGAAGUUCUCUGCCUGACUGCGUUCUUUGGGAGACUGGUACAUUUUGCAAAAGUCACUCCUCAAAUGGUUUUCUGGAAGGAUACCAAAAACAUCUGCAUUAUGGUAACCAUAGUGCUGACCUUGGUUGAUCUGAUUCUCUACGGGUCCCUGGAAACUGUUAACAUCCGCAGUGUUAGGUGGUCGAGGGCCUUGAGGCCAGUCUUCCUAAUUAACUUCCCUGAAAGUCGUCAGAUCCGAAGGGCUUUCCGAAGCAUCCGGAACACUCUGCCUGACAUCCUGUACGUGUUCCUCUUGUUCAUGUUCAGUAUGCUGGUGUUCUCCCUGAUGGCCUUGAAGCUUUUUGGAGAUAGGGGUCUGAAAACUGCAGAGGGAUCACCUUACUUUGCGAAUAUCCUGGAGAUAGCAUUUGAGCUCUACGUGCUGGUCACAACAGCAAACAGCCCUGAUGUCAUGAUGCCUGCCUAUGACUUCAAUUGGUGGUAUUCUUUGUACUUUGUAACCUACAUCAUCAUCAAUACCUACAUCUUCAUGUCCGUCUUUCUGGCCGUUGUCUACAACAAUUACAGGAAGCACCUAAAGAAUGAGAUUCGCAAAUUGGCAUACCUGAAGCGUCACAAAAUGAUAGAGGCAUUCAAUAUUCUGAAAGUCAAGGUGGGUGCGGAGUUCGUGGUUCAGGAGGCCCACUGGAGACGGUUGGUGUGUGCGGUGGCGCCAGACAUGAGCCAUGGCCACCUGGAACUUCUUUUAAGGAUCUCUGAUGAGGGACAGACUGGCCACGUGGACAAAAUGAACUUUCUACGCUUGGCUGACCUCCUCAACAUCCAGGUGGUCACCGUCAACAUCAAGAGACACCCAUUGGAAGCCUGGGUGCCACGGGUGUACCAGUCAUCUGCAAGCCUCUUGGUCCAGAGGAUGGUUCGUCACAGGAUCUUUGUCUGGGUUUUUGAUGUCAUUAUUCUAAUAAAUGCCAUAUUCAUUGCUCUGGAUGAGAAAAAUCCCUUCAUUUCCUAUGCAGAGUGGCUUUUUCUUUCUCUCUAUAUUAUUGAGAUUCUCCUGAAACUGUACACCUACGAGCCCAGAGCCUAUUUUGGAAGGAAGCAGUUCUGGAACUGGUUUGACACACUGAUCAUCAUCGCAGCCCUGGUGGCCACUGUGGCCAACACCACCAUUCAGUCAGCAAAAAAAUACAACAGCCAGCAGAUACUGGAUAUCAUCUUGAUACUGAGAAUACUCCGGCUGUUAAGGGUCAUUGUCAGCAUCCAGAGAUUCCGGGUUAUAGUCACCACUUUAAUCAACAUUGGCCCCACAAUGCUGACGUUUGGUGGACUUGUCUUUGUGGUCUACUAUGCCUUUGCUGUUGUUGGAAUGGAAGUGUUCCAUGGCAAAGUCCAGUACUUUGACCUGAAUUUCACCACUCCCGAUGCCCUGGUGUGUGGAAACCCAGCCCUAAAGGGGUCAGCGUUUUCCCAAAGCAGGUACUGCAAGAACAACUUCAAUGACCUCGCCUCUUCGUUCAUCGUGCUGAUGGAGCUCACGGUGGUCAACCACUUCCUACUCCUUGCAGAUGGCUUUGCCCUCGUGACUCACCAGGCGGCAAAGCUGUACUUCAUCUUGUUCCACAUCGUGGUUGUCAUCCUCAUUGUUAACAUUUUCAUCGCAUUUGUCUUGGAGGCAUUCUUUGUGGCAUAUUCAUUAGAAAAAAGCGAAGUAGAAACUGCUAUUGAGAAGAAGAUUCAAGAGCUUGGAGUGGGAAUCCAAGAGGAAGAAGUGCAAGAUGGGAAGAAGCCCAUUGAUCACGUGGGCACCAGGGACUGUCACUUUCAUAGGGAUGUUGGAGACAACAAAAGGAAGGCCUUGGAAGGACUGUACUGCAAAAUUGCAUCAAAAAAGUAUAGGACCGUGGACACCUUGCUGCAGCGGAUGUUUGAGUCUGAAAUUGCUCCAGAGGAUGAAGGCCCUUCCUUGGAUGAGAUUCUGAAUUUCUCACCUAGUGACAUGUAUCCCAAGAAUCCCAAUUUUGAAAACAGUGCAUGAUCCUGGUCUUGCAAGGCUCAAUGGCUAGAAAGCAAGAUAAGCUGUCAUCUCCUUAUGCAUGUGCUACCUGGAGUUGAUUUUUCUAACCCAGUUUCCCUUCUGUGUUCUGGCCUCUCCUGCACUGAAUGGCCAGCUGAAUGGUGUGGACAGGCUGCCUCAGUGUACCUUGCCCAGGGUACACUUAGAUUUGAUCGCAAAGGUAAGGUGAGGAGUACUGAUGGAGCGAUUAUGAGGAGGGAAUGUAGUAUGCAUGUGUGUACCUGUGUAGUGUUUUGAGUGGGUAUGUAAAAGCUUUUUAUUUUUAUAUGGUAUUUUGCUAUCCUAUUAAACUAAUACUGUUACGAAUUUUACAGCACAUAAAUGAAUGAUGAAUAUUUAAAUAUGGUAAAGAAAUAUGUUCUAGUAAAAUAGCUUUUAAACACAGUGGUUAUUCAAAAUGAAGAAAAAGAUGAAUGUGAAAAUAGAAUUGUUGCAAUUGCUUCUUUCGAGGGCCAAUGAUGCUCUCAAAGCUUCUUUAAUAUAAUUAACAUUAUAGCAAGAUUUUGAGUAAAGUUGCUUUCUGAGGUUACAUUCCCCAACUGGAAAUCUCCCAUUAUGACAUGCUUCUUCUGGAAACUGAAAAGGGACUUAUUUAUUUUUAUAAAUUUCAAUUGUGGUAAAAUACACAUAAAAUUUACCCUCUUGACCAUUUUUAAGAGUAGAAUGCAGAAGUGCUAAGCAUAGUCACAUCACUGUGUAUCCCUCACCACCACCCAUCUCAGAACUCUUCAUCUUGCAAAACUGAAACUGUACCCAUUAAACAACAACUCUAUCUCACCUUCUCCCAGAUCCAAGAAACCACCUUUCUACUUUCCUGUCUCCAUGGAUUUGACAACUCUUGAUCCUAAUUGCAUUUUUUAAUUAAAUCAUAGCUGUGUACAUUAAUGCAAUCAUGGGGUACAAUGUACUGGUUUUGUAUACAAUUUGAAACAUUUUCAUCAAACUGGUUAACAUAGCCUUCACAGUAUUUUCUUAGUUAUUGUGUUAAGACAUUUAUACUCUACACUUAGUAAAUUUCACAUGUCCCCUUGUAAGAUGCACCAUAGGUGUGGUCCCAUCAAUUCCCAAUUGCAUUUUGAGCACAUGUAAUCCUUUAGAGUAGCCUUCUUCUGAGCCUUGUCGUGGCCGCAUCAUGGGGCAGGGGAAUCAGUGUAGCACAUCCCGUAACCUGAGGUCUCACUCAUACCUGAGCCCUGUUGUCACCUCAUGUGUCAUGUGCCAGAGUGGCAAUAGAAACUCGCUUGGGAGGAACUUCUAUUCUUCAGGUCAGAGGGUGACCCAUGGUGAAAGCCAAGGGCACUGGGGCACAGGUUCUGGGGCCAGAUAUCUGGUUUACACCCAGCUCCCCACCGACCAUGUCAUUGAACACCUCUGUGCCCCAUUUCCUCAUCUGUUAGCUCAGGACAAAUGGUACCUCUCUCCCCCAACUGUGGGGACUGCAAGAAGCAGAGGACAGGUGCAGCACUGACUCAAUGAAGUUCACUCUGACAGGUUGCUAUUCCUGCCCUAAACCCACACCUGGUAUCAGGUGUUGGUGCUCUGGAAUCCCAUUGCCACAAGGAUCACCAGGAACCUUGCUUCCCAGCUGAUGUGGUUUCUGCAGUCCUGCUGUCCUCCCAGACACUCAUUUCUUUGCAUAUCUAACAUCUAUUGUUACUUAAACUAUUAUACUAAAUGUAUUGAGUUGCAAUUUAAACAUUUUAGCUUGCUAUAAAGGGGAUUUUUUUUUUUUUAGUUAGUAAUGCAUAGUGCCAGAGCCAUUUAAAGUAUUCAAUCCAGAAAUACAGAAAACAGUGGAAAAGUUGCUCUUUCUUCUUUCUCUUCACCCCUUCCCCUUUUAUUUCCCCAUUCAGUCUGAUGCCCCUUUCUCAAACCUAUCCACUCACUAUUGGGUAUAUCAUAUAUAUUAUUAUAUAAUGGCUUUUUAUCCUAAGUGGGAUGUCAUGACAUAUUUCAUAUAUAUAUUUAACAGCUUGCUUUUUUCACUUAUCAGUAAUUGUUUUAUCAAUGUUUCAUGAUUUAAGAAUUCACUUAUUCAUGGACAUGUGCGUUGUUUCACGUAUUCACUAUUAAACAGAAAUUUCCUACAGAAAUUCCUUGGGGGUGUGUGAACCCUUCAGGUCGUCUCUGACCCAGUCCGACUUCCGGGAUGCGGUUCUCCGUCGGCGCAGUCCGGACACCAGGGGGCGCCCGGCCCCAGCGAUUGCGCAGGGAAGCCAGAGGCGCGCUGGCGGGGUUGCCCCUUUUCUCGGGGGUUUCUUCUGCCUUUCAGUGAACUAGUCCCUCGGCGCCUUUAUUUGGGCCCACAGACUCCAAGCGGGUCCUUCGUUUCCCUCCCUGGCAGAGGCUGGGGCAAUACAGCUGCAUCUGGCCCGAGGACUGUUAGCCCGGCUGGGGUCGACCUUGCAGGUCUUGCCCGGAGGGAGACGUCUAGGCCACCGCCCCCCCUCCCUUUACCUCCACUUCUUGACUUAGGAAAUGGCAAAUGAAUAUCAAGGAAGCCGCCUGGCAGAUCGCUCACCCCUACACUGUGUGCAGCAGGAGGAAGAAAUCACUCCUGUCUUAUCCAGGCCCUCACGUGCGUUCUCUCUGUGACAGCAGUUUAACCGGCUAUGGAAAUGGAUUUUCCUGAAACAUUCUGGGAUGCAAUCAACGGAACAGAGGGGACUGGGCUUGAAGGAUGAGGGACAAGGACCAAGGGCCAUGGCUCUUAGGAUCAGAGGCAGAGAAAGUUGGGGCACCAGAGCCUUUCAGGUGUGCUUAUGUACUGUAUCAAACGCCCCACUACCUCCUAUUUUGAUAGGCACAGGACUUGUGCUUGUCCAUCAAGAAUGUCUUAGGCCGGGGGACGGCGCCUGUGGCUCAAAGGAGUAGGGCGCCAGCCCCAUAUGCCGGAGGUGGCGGGUUCAAAGCCAGCCCCACGAGAAACUGCAAAAAAAAAGUCUUAGGCCGGGAAAGUAGAUCUUAGAAUCAUGGCCUAGAACAUAGAUAUAGUCCAGCAGGAAAAGGUGCUGGUAGCUGGCGUCUUUGAGUCUACUGAAUAGCCAACCAGCCUUAUUGUUAGCUAGAACUUAGAAUGUGGAGCAGGAGUCCUCAGGGAAACUUCAGUUUCACUAGUGGAGUGAGCUGGCUUUCCUCAUCUUCCCAAGUGACUUCUAUUACAUUCACCUUAGGUAUUAUUUUUUUCUGGUUGCCCUUUAGACACAGAGGUUUUUUUCUGCAUACAUAAGCUGUGUGUGUGUAAUCCAGAUAACUAAUUUAUGAUGAAAUGAAGAUGAUAACUAUAGUUUGUUUUAGGCAUAUGGACAAAACUAAAUUAUUUGGCUGAAGUGUUUAAUGUGACUUACUGUUUAGAUUAAGCCUCUCACCCUAGGGCCAGGCUGUUCGUAGAAAAUCAGACUGUGAAGUCUUAUUUAAGUGAAGCCCUUGGAAGAGCUCAUGGACCAGACAGGAAAUAGAAGUGCUGAGACAACCCUGUGGUCAAGUUGUAGGUGUGAAUGACAUGGAGCAGUGGUUCUCAACCUUCCUAAUGCCGCGAUGUAUUUUCAUUGUUACAAAGGGGUCGUGAACCACAGGUUGAGAACCGCUGACAUGGAGGAUGUCUGUGAGUGUGAUGCAAGUUGAAGAUCCAGUAACAGUGAAUGGGCUGGCAGUGACACAGGACAGGUCAACAGGGGCAAGAAGCCAAACCCAGUGUCCUCCUGGUCCAAGCUGAAGGCAUUUAUUAAUAGUUAUUAGUUUGAUAAAAUAGCACCCUUACCUUCCCAUUGUAGUAAUUUCUCCUACAGACACAUAAGCACUGGCACUCACUGUUUUAUAUUAAUAAAACUGUUAAACCAGUUAAGUGUCUCUGAAUAGUGGAUUGGGUAAAUUAAUUAUGGCAUAUCCACAUAUGGGAAUGAUAAACAGCUAAGUCAAUACAGAUGGAAAGAUGGGCAUGAAAAC